UCUUUUGUUCAACUUUGCCCGUCGGCGUCAAAUAAGUUCAGUAUCCGUUGAGCUAUUGGAUAGAGUGGAUUGAUUGUUUGUAUAUCUACUCUGCAACGUGCAACUGCUCACUGAUCCAGUGGUACAGUUUAGUGCGGGCCUUUCACUCGUAAGGUGCUUUUCAACCAGUUAAUUACAGGGGACGAAACGCUUGGUUGCCUGCCGCGAAUCACUUGUUCACAAAUACCAAAGGGCUUCCCAGUUGCCGGUCUACUGAAGGGGGCUUUUCGAAGUUUGCCGGAAAUAGAAAAAAUUAAACUUACUUUUAUUGUGUUUUUAAUUGAUACAGUUCUGGUAAUAGUUAGGAAUAUAUGUCCAAUAGUCGGCGAAUUGAAGUUUAGUGAAGAAGGGUGCAGCUUUAACAUUGAAGCUUAUAAGCACAUCGCGGGUUUGGUGCAAACCGGGAAGAAAGUGAUUAAAUUGUUUAACCGAGCUGUUGUCCGAAAAGAAAGUUGUCUGUGACUUAGAUGCAACUUUGAUACGUCGUAGAGAUCAGAUCUCCGAGCAUAAUUGCAUGUUCAAUUGGCUUCCAAUCCAAUCCAAUCAAGUGACAAAGAUUGAGUGUGUGUUACUGAUCGUGGAGGUGCGGAAAACGAUACAAAUUAAUACUAAUAACAAAAGAAGAGAACAACUCCAUUGGACUAACGGUAGAGGAGAUUGAAGAGUGUACAAAAGAGGAAAGUCGCUGACAUCAAUCACAUCAAGUCAUCUGAUCGAAACCGGAUUGUUCCGAAGAAACGAAAAGAGUUUUCUACGAAGCGUAAAAAUGAGGCAAAUUGGCGCAGAGACAGAAGAUCCUUUGAAACGAAUACAGGAGGAGAUCAAUGAGGUAGCAAGACGCGAACAAGAACUACGACAGGGUCACAGACGUACUGACUCUGCCGAUUAUUGUCUUUCUUCGGCGAACUCGGAUGACUCUGGUCUGUCUCUCUCGCCUAGCCCAGUUCAUUCACCGUCAGUAUCGAACCUAAAAGAUAAAAUUGAGGCAGUUAACAGUCAACAGAGUGCAUCUAGCAUUCACGACACUUUGGCCAACGGAAAUCGCCAUUUAAUGUUGCCGCAGGCGAAAGCACUGACCCGAGCCCGUUCCACACCGCAGCUUUUUCAAAUUUCUCCGAACCGACGAUUUAAUCCAAAUCCGAAUCAGCGUGGUAUAAUGCAAAAAUUCAUUGCGUCUCGGGGCAGACUCAACAAACUACAGUCAACGCCGGGUAACAAUGUUAAUAGUAUUAGUAGCCUCAACAGCAAUCACCUCAUGAAAAUAGAACAGCAUGUGUCACCUAUAGAACUAAAUCGUUCAAACAUGUUGCUGCCCCCUACAGCUAUUUCUGCACCACCAGUUAUCGAGCGAGAUUCCAAUGGUAAACCAAUCCGUCGUGGUUACAUACCAGUAGAGGAGAAAAUCCAAAAAGAACUACGGGACUUGAAGAACAGAGAAAGUGAGCUUAAACGACUACGCAAACAAAAUCGAGUUGCCUCGCAGUCUAACUUGGUAGAGUUGUGUUACGAAAGGUAUUUUAGUAGUGACUCAGGCGAAGAGCUUUCCGAUGAAGAUAACACAGAGACGAUAGUUUUUCCAUUAUCGAGGAAGUUGCGUUCCACAAAAUCAAUAGGUGAACUUUGUGAAGCAAUGACAAAUUCUAGUCUUUCCCCACGGGAAACGCCAUCACCGCAGUUUGAAAACCGACAGCGCAGUGCAUCAGGUAUGCGUCCUGCUAUGUCACUGGCCCAACUUUGUGACCUGACACCGGAAGAAGCUCCGUCAUCUCAUAAGUUAAUAGCACAGUGGGAAAAUCUAAUUCAGCAAAAGCAGCAACGACAGGCUGCCAGCGGUAAUGUUUGCACUUUUUGAACUUCCAAAGUAUUCAAUAUGUUCUAUUUAUUUUAUUGUUUACUGCUAAAAUAGCUAGCUUACUUAAAGUAUACAAAUAUAGACAUAUGGAAAAUAAUAGUUAAUAAUAGUAAGUAUUCGCAUUAUCAUAAACAGAUAUUAUGUUUGUUGAAAUUUAUUCAUAUUCCUUGUGUACAUGAUCGCAACUUAUUCGAGAAAAACAAUGUUUUUUUUAAUUAACAACUUAUUUUAUCCUGAAAUUGUACUUUCAUUCGAAAUAAAUUUUCUUCAGAAAUACAAUCACAUUUGAGUAAAGGGGUAUACGUAUUUUUUUCAAUUUUAUAUCACUUAAACCCACUCAGAAGUUUCCUUUAACUAUUUUCCAUAUGUUAUUUAAAUGCGUUGUAUAGUUGACAAUUGAUGCUAGUGACAAUAAAACGAA